UAAUGAGUAACAUCAUCUCAACGAGGGUGGCUAACGUUGGCAAAGUUGGACAUUGUCAGAGCUGCUUGUCCAAGCACCACACUGCGGACAGCACCUCCUCCCACCAUGGACACCCUGGCCAUUCUUCUUUGCCUUUCUUUGUGGAUAUCCCUCACGGAACAGAAGCCUUCGUAUUUGAUUACAGCUCCGAAAAUAAUUCGUGUGAGUGUGAAGGAGUCGGUCACUGUUCAAGUCUUUGAGGCAGAGAGCAGUCUCGAUGGUUCUAUUUACUUCUUCAAUCAAAAUAACCUGAAGAAGUGUUCAGAGAAAUACAGUCUGCAAUUGAACCACGCAAACAACUUCACCCAAGUCUUGUUUGUCCAGGUCAGUCCGGAAUACGUGGAGAGGCGUAAAUCCAGGGGAAGGAUGUCGUACGUUAGACUUGUGGCAGAGAUACCAGCGCUGUUUACCAAUCAGAAAAAGGUCAACCUGCAACUCCGACCCAAACCCUACUUCAACUUCAUCGAGACCGACAAGCCGAUAUACACACCCAGAGAGACAGUGCGAUUCAGGACCGUUACCUUGGAUCACGCAAUGAAGGUUACCGGAUGCAAGAGCCCGCUACGACUCAUGAAAGAAGGCAAGAAGGUGGUGGAAGUUGUGAGUGAAGUACACGGGUCAGACAAUGUCUGCAGAGGCGAGAUCCAGUUUACACCCUUAACGGUCGGAGACUAUGAGAUUCAGGCCUACUCCACACAGUUGUACUCAGAGUUCAAUGGUCACAGGAAGUUCCGGGUCGAGGAACCAGGUGAGUUCAGCUGCACAUACCUUUAUUCGUUAUUACCUGUGGGCCAGGUGAGCAUUAAUAGACAAUAG